AUGAUUUCAACUGUUUUUAUUUUGCUCUAUAUCUUAAUUAACAGCUCGAUUGCAACAUGCAAAUUAGAGUAUGAUAACAACAAUUGUGUCUUUAUUUCAAAUCAAAUUGAUUGUGAGGGGGAAUUAAUUAUUCCAAACACCACUUCAUGUGCUGGAAAUCAAGCUUUUUACAAUACAAAUUUAAGAAAAAUAACCUUUGAAUCUGAAAGUAAAAUCAAAAUAAUGAGCAAUGCAUUUCAAUCAUCGAAUAAACUUGAAGAAAUAAUUGCCCCCGGUGGAUUUGAAAGUGUUGGUGUUGGAGCGUUCAAAGAUUGUAUUAGUUUAAAAACAAUAGUUGGCUACCAAAAUACAACUGUGUUUGGGAAAAAUUGUUUUCAAAAUUGUUUAUCUCUUCACAACUUUACUUUCAAUGAACAAAUGAUGUUUGAUGAAUAUGCUUUUGCUGGUUCUGGUUUAAUAUCAAUUGAUCUCACUCAUAUACAAAUGUCAAUAUCAACUUAUUUUUGUAGUAAUUGUGUCAACCUUCACUAUGUAAAUUUGGGUUCAAAUCAAGUCAUUAAUUCUUAUGCAUUUGCUAAUUGCAGUUCUCUAAGUCAAGUUGACACUAUUAAUGGAUUAAAAAUAGUUAAUACUUCCGCUUUUAUGAAUGACCCAAUUAUAUCUAUUCGUAUAGCUGAUGAUGCAGAACAACUAUUUUCAUGUGCCUUUAGUGGAACAAAGUUGAGAAAUUUAAAAUUGCCCAAUAAAUCAAUUAUAUUAGAAGAUAGCGUGUUUUAA